CCCAGCCCGGCCCAGCCUUCCUCCCGCGGGCGGCAGCCGCUUCAGCCCCGGGAGCGUCGGGGCCGAUGGUGGCGGCGGCGGCGGGCGGGCAGCGGCGGCGGCGGCGCUGGGGGGUGCCGGUGCUGCUGGUGGUGUACGUGAGCUAUGUGGGGCUGGGCGCCGGCGUGCUGCAGGCGCUGGAGCGGCCGGCCGAGGUGCGGGCGGCCCAGCGCCUCCUCCAGCAGCACUGGGAGCUGCUCGCCAACCACACCUGCCUGCGGGGGCCCGCCCUGCAGCGCCUCAUCGAGGGUAUUGUCCAAGCCUACAAGAGUGGCAUAACCCUCCAGGGAAACACCACUAGCCUGGGCAGAUGGAACUUCAGCGGGUCUUUCUUCUUCUCCAUCUCUGCAAUAACAACCAUUGGCUAUGGGAACCUGAGCCCCAGCACUGUGGCUGGUCGAAUCUUUUGCAUCUUGUUUGCACUCUUUGGGAUCCCCUUGAACCUUGUACUCCUGAAUGAAAUUGGGCAGCUGAUGCUGUUGGGGACUCAGCAUUGCGCCCAUCGCCUAGAGGAGGUGUUUCACGGGCAGAAAAAAGCUUCCCUCCUGAUUAAGACCUGUGCGCUGGUAACUGGCUUGUUACUGUUCCUCCUGCUACCUCCCCUUUUGUUCUCUGACAAAGAAGGCUGGUCUUAUGAAGAAGGCUUCUACUAUUCCUUCAUUACCCUCAGUACUAUAGGGUUUGGAGAUUAUGUCAUUGGGAUGAACCCAGACCGCACCUAUCCAGGCUGGUACAAGAAUGUAAUAUCUCUGUGGAUCCUCUUUGGGAUGGCAUGGCUAGCACUGGUUAUCAAAUUUUGCAUCAGCUUUCUAGAGAGCUCCAGUGACUUCUGUCAGUGCCACAAGAACAGCAAAGAGAUGGCAGAAGACUUAAUUGAUGACAAGAAAAAUAGUAUGACGGGACUUCACAAUGCGGAGAUCUGCAAUGACAAAGACACAAAACCAAAAGUACCAGAUGAAUCUCACACCCACAUAGCUCCUACAGAAGCACUCUAGGGAAGAAACAUACCCUUGGUGUCUCUUAGGUUUUAGUGCACCAGAGAUGCGCCACUUAGAAAUGUGGGAAUGGAGCUGCCUUGGCGUUCACAUGGGGUAAAAGGUUGCUUACUGAGCUUGAAACGGUUCUAUUCUGAAUUGAGCAAUGACAACAAAAUGUUUCAUUUGCAGCACCACCAAGAAUUACCAUUGGGAUUCUUAGCCAAAAAUAGAUUUACAGAGAUAUUGCCUACCCUCCCACCUCAAUAUAUGAGGUAAACUUUGACAUCUGUACGCAACACUAGCUGCUGUCCUUUUCUUUGCCUGCAAAGUUCUUGUAGCCUCUAAUGGUAUGUAUGGCAUUUUGCACAUACAACAACCAGAAGAGCCAGUACCAUUUAAUGAAGGAAACAAAUUGCGUGUCGCUAGAAGACUUAAUGAAAAGCACUGUUUAAAGCCGCCUGGCAGUCACUGCAAAUGUGCUCCAUCACCUAUAUGCUUGUGCUUGCCAAAGGUAGUACGUGCUUUUGCUCUCUGAUAAUUAGUACAUGGAUGGCAACGAGGCAGAGCUUGUAGAGGUGCCUAGUAGAAACAGGUAAUUCAAUUUUUUUAAAAGAAAUUUCUACAUCACAGGUCCAUUAAUAUUAAAAAGAGACUAGGCAGAAAAGGAGGACUAGAGGCAGUUUUAACUGCCAGUAGUUCCAAUGUUAUCUUGUGCCCAAUGUUAACAAGGGCUACUUAAUCUAGAAACAGACUGGAGUAUCUUCAGCUGUGAUCAAGAGAUGCUAUUCUUAUUAACUUCUCAUGUCAUAAAUGAAUAAUGUAUCUGUUCUAGCUAACAACUUUUAUAUAAGCACAACUAUGUUUUAAUCUGUAGAAUGUCAGACCUGCUUAUUUGGCCUUUGUGUCAAUCAUGAAACAGAACUGUUGGGGUUUUUUAAUUCCAUUAACUUCUCAGAAAUCAUUUUAUAAAUUAUGCCAUUUAUAAAGGCCCAACAGUGUCUAACUUCUGCUGCCAUUUAUAUACCCGUGUCUAAUCUUCUCAUUUUCUUACUCCUGUUGUGCUACUUGCAUUCUAGAUCAUUAACUCUGAAAAUUUUACCAUAGCAGUAAACCAGAACAAAGCAUUUGGGUGAGCCUUCAGCUUCUGCAUUGGACCAAGAUUCCACAUGGACAGUGGAGAAAAGACUGAAAACAGUCUGUUGGAGUACAGGAUUCAGGAAUUAGAAAUAUGCAUAGCUGGAUUCACAGAAAAUCACUCAGUGAAAAGUUUACAAUCUUCAGGAACACAAGUUCUGGAAUGUGUAUCAUGAAAACAACAUUUCCAGAGUAGGCCAGUCUGAUUGUUGAUAUGUGGUGGAACUGAUUCGACUUUAACUUUUCACAGGCUCUGGGGAUUUCUACCAGCUCUGCUCCUCAACAAGAAGGCUUAGCUUAAGAAGAGUUUCUUCUUUUCAAUUUGAAUGUGUAUUAUAUUAAUCACAUCUAAUUCACAUUCCCAUGUAUUUGUAGUUUGUGGAUGAGGUUUUCAAAAGUGCCUUAGAGGUUUGGGAACCCUGGUCCCACGGAAGCGCACACAGAGUCAUAUGCCUUAGGACAGCUAAUAUACGCUUCUGAGAGCUAAAAGGAAAAGGAACUCUAGGAGUAGUCCCGAAAAAAGGAAAAAACAGUAAUUCUUCAUAGAUCUCAGUGCUUCUACUGUAUGUCAGGGUUCAGCCACAAACCGAAGCAUGUGGCUGGGUCUCAAGGUGACUCAACAUCUGCCCCAGCAAUCCUUGCUUAUUCACUUCCUUCCGCAGCUGUGCUGUUGUAUUACCAGCUGCUUACCACCAGCGUAGUCCUACCACUGACUGACAGUUGCAGCAUACUUACAGGAGGCACAUUUGAACAGCUUGCAAGCCACGCAUAACUCCAGAGCUGCAAGUUGCCUGCUUGUGUCCUGGAUCACCUAAAAAAAUAUGAAAUGAGUGAGUCAAACACCAUAUCUGCCUGGGUUCUUUGAUGCCAAAUUAGCAUGUUGUCACUUAUGAAUAUCCUUUUAUUGACAGUUCCUCAGCUAGCCUUUAAUAUGGACAGUAAAUAUUAUUGUCUCCCUACAAACCGCUUUGCCUCUAGUCCUUCUGUUCUUUAUAAAACGACUGUGGUUAAAUGAGACAUGGAUGAAUUUGUUCCCAGAGGGAGGAGAAGAAAGUGGAGUUUUGCAACAUCACAAAAACAUCAUCACUGAUGUGUCUACUCUACCAAAAUAUGAAAGGUUAUCUGCUCAAGGGUAAAAUAAAGAAAACAAAAGCAUGGUGCUGUUAUCAUUCUUGUCACAGCUGACUUGCAGUCUUCUGUAAUCUGCAUUGGAAAAUUACAGAUGCUCCUUGAUUUUUUUUUUUAUAA